AUGGGUGAAGCUUGGGAUGAACUCGCCGCCUUGCGAACCCGUCGGGGAGAAUGCGCCGAGGAAGUGGCCAGGAUAAAAGCCAAAUGCGCCCAGGACCAUCCCCAGCACAAGCACGUUCUGGAAUGUCGCGAGUGCUAUCCCAAGGUUAUCGACCGCAUGCGCAGCUGGUAUCUGGACACCAAGAAUCAAGAGUGGUUCUCCGGGCGCGAGGUUUUUCUAGCCGAACUCAGGGCCUUGUUUGCCGCAGCGCUGGAUCAUGCGGUUGGCUUGGAGGAGAUCGAUGCGCGCAUCGACGCGGAGCGGCGCAAAUGGUAUCAGGAACAGAUCAAGGCUUCGCCUAGUAUCCGGAAAAGCCUGGAGGAGUUGACGGAUCACAGGGAGGUGCUUGCGAAAGUCGGAAGUGGUGCGCCGUUCGAGGAUCUCAUGGAAGCGAUGCAGGCCGCCCUUGAUGGUUCCAGCAGCAGAGAGGAUGCCAAGAAGAGCCUGGAUCGCCUGAUGGUGGCCAAGUCACCAGAGGAAAGGUACCAGCUUUACAAGGAGACAUUCUUCCAGGGCUCAUCGGACGAGCACGUUUCUGAAAAGACACAGCUAUAUGCCGACAGACUCCAGACUGGUGCGACAAUGGAUGAGAUCGUGAACAAGAUCUCCUUGGACCGCCGCUCCAGCAUAGGGGCAUCGGAUCAGAAGGAGAGAAACCGCAAGCGGAUAGACGAGCUCCGCAGAGCCAGGGCCGCACACGAGCUGCAAAAGUCCAAGAAGGCGAGCGGUCGCAAGGACAGCUCACAAAAGCCGCAGCCUCCGAGCGAAAUGUACGACCAACCUCCGUGCAGCGUCUGCCGGAGAGAUGUGGACACCAGGAGCUUCAUUCCCUGCAACGCAUGUGUAGUCAUGGUGGACGCAGGCAUCCGGUCAAGGACUACGGUCUACUGCUCGCCUGCUUGCAGGGAUAGUGAUCGAGGCGAAGAACUCCACUUGGAAGAAAGUCACGCAUGCGCAAGCGGUAAUUAUUGCACACAGAUUACCGAUGAGGACAUUGAUAUGGACAUGGAUAGCAAGUGGCUUCUUCUGUGCCGGGAAUGCACCCAUCUCCACAAAGUUGAAUCGAUAUUCUGCUCCAUGCGAUGUGCAGAUGUCAAUUUCAGGCGUCAUCGAGAAGAAGUGCACAUACCAGGCCGGAUGCGAAGAUCGAUUCAGGUCAAUAGGGACAUCGAUGACAUCGUUUUUGAUGGAGAGGACAGGUCCAGGUAUCAUGCGAGGGACAUCAAGUCGCACGUGGUGCCAUUAGAUGAUAUGUUGGAGGAUUUCGCGCAGAGGAACGGGGUCGACAUACAUUAA